AUGGUGAUGACUUUGCUUCAUCGCCGAAUAUUAUGUAGAUGGGCUUUACGGAUCUCCCUCGAGGCAUCUUUCUCAAGCAUCAAUGGGGCGGGGGGCUUCUCUAUCAGUCCCAAAUUUGAAUUUCGUGCUAUUGUGCCCAUCCAUUCUGAGGUAUCCUCCGCACUUUCCGGUGCAGAGAAGAGUUUGAAGUCUCGGGAUGUCUCUGCUGUCAUUAAGGAUGCCCAGAGGGCUUUGUUUGAAGCAUUUCGUGGAGGCAAGGCAUCGAAAUCGGAUGCUCUUGGAAACGGCGAUACUAUUCUGCAUGUCGUAACAAGAUGGCAAGGUCACAGCUAUCGGUGGGAUCCACGUUCACGGCUUACCUGGCGUUCGGUCAUCAACAGCCUCUUGCAAGCAAGCCUCUCUCCGAACCGUCCCAAUGAUCGCGAUCAGACCCCUGCUGACAGCAUGAUCGAUUAUAUUGGUCAUGAAGGCGGCGACAUGAACAAGCAACAAGUGGAUGGGCGUAGGAACGAUCAUUUGUUCGAAGACUUCAGCUUCCGUCUUAUUUGGAAAAUUGCCGAUGAAAAGGGACUUCAAGACAUUGAUCUCCCAGAAGAGAUGCAGCCUCUCGUGUACAAAUCAGGGAAGCUUCUGGCUGCACAACUAAGAAAAGGAACUGAUAUCCAUCGAUGGAUCGAAAGUUACACUCGUUGGGGGCCUGGCUUGGCCUUGAUUCUCCAGUCUGGCUACACACCACCUGUGGGCGCCGAGGCGUUUACAGGAUUAGCAGAGGCGCACUUACCGAGGGGAGUUACAGACCAACUAUGCAUCGGAAUCGAUACACUUCAGAAUGUCAAUGCGUAUGAAGCAUACACACUACUUGCCGCGACUUCUGCAAAUUUGGAAGGUCUCUCAGAGCGUCCUCGGUGGUCCGUCUUCGACUGUGUCGGUGUCAAUCUUGAUCUGGCAGAUCAGCUAUGGGACUCGGGUUUCCGAGACGUGAAUGCAAUAGAUAAGAAGAACGAGACAUGUCUCACCAAGUUGUGGGAGAACACCCCGCCAUGUGACUUGGAUGUCUUUCUACAGAAGGCUCACUGGUUAAUCAGCAAAGGUGCUGAUAUUCGUACCACAACUCCUCUGGAUCAGCUUUGCAUGCCUUGGGAAACAGUGUAG